AUGGCUCACUUGCUAUCCGAACCAGUGACCUCGAUUCUGUGCUCCUUCAUAGGCUGCUCGCUUGCUCUUGCAUUUCGAGAGGGAGUGCUGGCCCUCAUCAAGCCCGAGAAGACAACAAAGGACAAGACGGAUCUCCCUCGAAUAGACUACAAGAAGACAAAGAGGGACGAUACGAAGCUUAGAGAGCAGAAGCUAUGUCGAGGAAUGCGUUUUGCAGAUUAUAUGCUUGGGGAGAAAGCUCUUGUGGACAAGCACCGUCAAGCAGCGUCAUCAGAAGACAGCACACCUCGGCACACCCCUAGUGACACAGACUCCGCAAUCACGGGCUCAGAAUCUGAUGAUAUUGCCCAGCUCGUUCCUCUUCCUGAAAACAACGAACCUGAAGUCGUACGAAAGAGGAAGAACAACAAGGCCGGGAAGAACAAAUCAGAGGAGGGCCUAAGGCGAAUCAGUUAUGUGUGA